AUGCCUGCUUCAUUUCAUCCAACCAGGGCUUUUCAGGCCUACCAGCUGUUUGCUGCAAACACAAAUGUCGGAAAGACCGUAUUCGCAACUGGUCUUUGCAGAGCAGCCGCAUUGUUUGGAAAGGAUACCGGCCGCCCUGUAUUUUACAUCAAACCCGUCCAGACAGGGUAUCCUACCGACAGUGACGAAAGGCACGUCAAGUCAUUUAACAGCAAUCUCACAUCAAGCACCCUCUACGCCUAUCCCGACCCCGUCAGUCCACAUGUAGCCACAGACCAGGCAAGCAAUACUUCCAAACUACUCGAAUACAUCAACAAACCACACCCCACAGCCAACAAAGACUCCUUCCUGUUCCUCGAAACCGCCGGUGGUGUCCACAGCCCGGUCAUGUCAGGCACCUCCCAAGCCGACUUCUACAGACCAUUCCGCCUACCAACCGUCCUCAUAGGCGACAGCAACCUUGGCGGAAUCUCGACCACCAUAACAUCCUACGAAUCCCUACACCUUCGAGGCUACGAUAUCCCUGCCAUCCUGCUCUUUGACCAGCAGUACAAAAACCACUCUCUGCUCAACAGCCGGCUCGGCAGCGGAUCCGACAAAAACAUCCAUGUUGCCGCAGUACCCCCACCCCCUCCACUCAACCUCGACAACCCAGACCUCGACAGGCGCUCGAUGGAGAGCUACUAUGCCCAGCUGGACGAGCACCUCGUUCCGGUCAUCAAGCACCUCGACCACUGGCACAACGCUCGCUUUGACCGCCUCGAAACAAUGGCCCAAUCUUCACGCGACAAAUUCUGGUGGCCGUUUACCCAGCAUGAGACUGUCAAAGAUGUGACCAUCAUCGACUCUGCCCACGACGACCACUUUGUAACCUACACAGACAAAUCCAACCAAAAGUCCAACGUUCACAAAGAUGCCGAUCUUCCUGCCCCUGUUAUGGGACCAAAGGUCAUGUUUGACAGUUGUGCCUCUUGGUGGACCCAGGGUCUUGGACACGCAAACCCAAACCUCACCCUGGCUGCCGCACACGCCGCCGGCCGCUACGGACACAUCAUUUUCCCCGAAAGCACAAGCGAAGUCUCGCUGUCCCUGGCCGAAUCGAUCCUCAGCCGUGACACCUGGGCCUCCCGCGUCUUUUUCUCAGACAACGGUAGCACCGCAAUGGAGGUGUCACUAAAGAUGGCCAUGAGCGCUACCGCAAAGCGCUACGGCUGGUCGCGCUCCUCCUCUGCUGCUUCGUCUGCCCAACCUCCUAUUGAUAUUCUCGGAAUCGACGGUAGUUACCACGGUGACACAAUCGGCACAAUGGAUGCCUGUGCGCCAAAUGUCUACAACGACCAGGUCCAGUGGUAUCAACCACGCGGCCACUGGCUCAAGGCACCCUCGGUCCACAUCUCAAAGGGAAAGAGCUAUGUCCGGGUACCUGCCCAGAUGCUUGCCGGGCAGAAAGGUACCGGCCUGCGUGUUGAUUAUCAUAGUCUGGAUACAAUCUACUCCGUGCACGAACAGGGGGCAGCCCGGGACCCUGAGCUGGCCCGUGUCUACGGGGACUACAUCAGAACCGAGCUGGACAGCAUGCGUGCCCAAGGCCGGCGCAUCGGUGCUCUCUUGAUGGAGCCAGUCAUCAUGGGCGCAGGUGGCAUGAUUUUUGUCGACCCUCUCUUCCAGCGCACCCUGAUCGACAUCGUACGUAACGAAGGCGCAGAUCUGCUCGGCUACAACGUCACAAAUUCUCUCGAAACCAAAGACAACUGGCAAGGUCUCCCGGUCGUAUUUGACGAAGUAUUUGCAGGAUGGUACAGACUUGGUCGUCGAUCAGCCUCAGAAUUCCUUGGUGUGACUCCAGAUAUCGUGUCCUAUGCAAAGACCCUGACAGGUGGUUUGUUGCCCUUGGCCCUGACAGUGACAAAGGAGUCGAUCUAUGAUGUCUUCUUGUCCAAGAACAAGCCGGAUUGUCUUUUGCACGGACACUCUUACACUGCCCACCCAAUGGGCUGUGCGGUUGCCAAGGAGUCAAUCGAGAGUCUUGACAAGAUGGCCUCCCCUACAGGUGCCUGGGCUCCGUUCCGCAAAGAAUGGAAGGACAGCACUCUUUGGUCAAUGUGGUCUCGCGAAACUAUCGACCGUCUGUCUCACAUGAAGCAAGUCGAGAGUGUCAUGUCUCUUGGUUCAGUACUGGCUGUUGAACUCAAGGAUGAUCUCAAUGCAGGUUAUGGUUCCAUGACAUCCCAAAAUAUUGUCCAGGACUUGCGUAAUGGUCAAUUUACAGAAGGAAUCAAUUUAUUUGUACGUCCUCUUGGUAACAUUGUUUACCUCAUGACAUCCCAGAUCACCACACAAGAGAAUGUUCGUCAGUGCGAGCGUCUGUUCUUAGAAUGUCUCGAGAGACAAUAA